UCCAGCAUUCUUCUGAUCUCACGUUCUGUUCUUAUACUAGGUGUGUCUCUGUGUGCACCACAGGGAACCUUAGGAUUCCCCCCAAAUGGGUGGUUGGGAUGACUCCUCAGGUAGAACUCAGACCUCUAAUCCCUUGUUUUCUGAAAAAACAUUCAGAGAAUAAAGUUAUCCAGCCAGUAGGAAGGAGGGGAACCCCAGUCUACCCCAGCAGCAUCAGGAAUUGACCAUAGCUGGGAAGCUGGAAGUGAGUCUGAGAGUUGUGGCAGUCCUGGAGACAGGGCACAGGGGUGACCUUCCCCACAUCCACCCCCCUACAGAGUACGUGUUUGAACACUGGCGUGAGGAUGCCUUUUUCGCCUCCCAGUUCCUGAAUGGCCUCAACCUCGUCCUCAUCCGCCGCUGUUGCUGCCUCCCAAAGAAUUUCCCAGUCACUGAUGCCAUGGUGGCUCCAGUGCUGGGCCCUGGGACCAGUCUGCAGGCUGAACUGGAGAGGGGGUCUGUGUACCUGGUGGACCAUGCCAUCCUCUCAGGCCUCUGCCCCAGCAUCAUUAAUGGGAGGCCCCAGUUCGUGGCUGCACCCCUGACUCUGCUGCACCAGCGCCCAGGUGGCGGGCCCCUGUUACCCCUGGCCAUCCAGCUCAGUCAGACACCUGGCCCAGACAACCCCAUCUUCCUGCCCAGUGACCCGGCUGAGGACUGGCUCCUGGCUAAGACCUGGAUGCGACAUUCAGAGUUCCUGAUACACGAGAUGGUCACUCAUCUGCUUGCAACCCACUUCGUGGUGGAGACGUUUGCUUUGUCCAUGCUGCGGCAGCUACCCUUGUGCCACCCCAUUUUCAAGCUGCUCAUCCCUCAUUUCCGCUACACCUUCCACAUCAACAUCCUGGCCCGCACUAGGCUCUUUGCACCAGGAAAGCUCAUCGACCAGUCAAUAUCGUUAGGACGCGAGGGCUGCCUGGAGCUGAUUGCCAAAGGGCUGGCAGCUGUCACCUACCACUCUCUCUGCCUGCCCCACCAGCUGGCUGACCGAGAGGUCCAGGACCUUGCCCAUUACUACUACCGAGAUGAUGCACUCCAGAUCUGGGCAGCUAUAGAGAGCUUUGUGACUGAUAUUGUUAACAUCUACUACCCGGACAAUGAGGCAGUGAGCAGGGACUCGGAGCUCCAGGCCUGGGUCAGGGAAAUCUUCCAGGAGGGUUUUCUAAGCCGCAUGAGCUCAGGGGUCCCCUCUACCCUGGACAGCUGUGCUGGCCUCAUCCAAUAUCUCACCGUGAUAAUCUUCACUUGCUCAGCCCAAUAUGCUGCCAUUAACAGUGGCCAGGUAAGCCAGUGACAGGCCAGGGGGACAAGCUGGGUCACAGGAGGAGUGGACCUUGUGGUGGCACUGGCAACUCUAUGUUUACUAAAUUGUGGGGGUCAGUUUGAAUUCAGUGCCUGGAUGCCCAAUAUUCCCACCACCAUGUGGCUCCCCCCACCCACCACCAAGGGCCAGACAGACCUGGUGGCCUCACUCCCUGAAGUCAAUGCUACAUGCCAUGCCCUGGUACUCUUCUGGAGCCUCGGGAAUGAAACCAAAGACACUGUAAGCAAGGCCUUCAGGUUCCGGGGUAGGGUGAGAAUGAGUUACUCAGAUAGUGCCCUCAACUUGGGGAGACGGGCAACUGGGCAGGAUGGUGGGCGUGCCUUAGGGUGCUACAGAUUCCUAUAGGUGGAGCUCAGAAUGGUCUAGGUGUCUAGUGAGCAUGGCUUGGGGCAGUCUAGGUUUCUGUAACUGCCAAUCUUUUGCCUAGGCGGGUGGCUUUUGCUCCAAGUUGCAUGGAUCUGGGUCCCGUAGGUGACCAGGGCUUGAGUUGACUAAAUAAGAUGGAUUGAAAUCGCUGACGGUGGAAAUAUGGGGUCAGGCGGAGGUCCCAGCCUUUUUUGCACCAUCCUCAGUAGUGUCUGGGCACCUACCCAGACGAGCAUUUCACUGAGGAGGCCCCGCAGCAAAGCAUCGCCGCCUUCCAGAGCCGCCUGGCCCAGAUCUCCAGAGGCAUCCAGGAGCGGAACCGGAGUCUGGCGCUGCCCUACACCUACCUGGACCCUGCGGUCGUGGAAAACAGCAUCACUGUGUGAGGGGCCUGAG